AUUAAAGGGAACCUCCAGCAUAACAAAUACUUAAAAGGAUACUAACCUUGCUAUUUUUUUCUUUAUAUAAAAUUCCCAUCACCCUUGUCUACUUGCUGACAUUUUAGAACAGGCAGACAGUGGUAAUUCCUGAAUCGGAAGCAAGCAAAGACUGUAAGUCGUACAAUCUUCCGUCUCUGUUUUCUCUCUUAUCUAUGUCACUGUCCGAUAUUUGUUUUUUCUUUGUUCUUGGGAACUGUCAUUUUUUUUAUAUAGAUUAAAGAUGGUAUUAAUAUGUUUUCCAAACCCCUCUUAACCAGGAAAAAUAACUGUCAAUGCAACUGGAACCACCAAUGUCACGUUAUCUUGGGAAGAUCCAACGAAUAAGACAGAUGUGAUAUAUGAAGUGAAAUAUUGGAAUACCUCUUCCUCUUUUACUGUACGAAGUAAGAAGGCCAUCGUCACCCUUCAAAACCUGACGUCUGGGACGAAAUACAGCGUUGAUGUAGUGAGAGUUGGAGCCGGAGGGUCUAAUAAUGGACAUUUUGUUGGAUCUGUGUUUACAAAACCAAUGCCAGUAAAAAGCUUGUGGGGCGCUCUGUCUUCCGCUGACUCCAUUUCUCUAUUUUGGACCAAACCGGAUGAAUAUCAGGAUACUUACAGCUACAGGGUGCAGACCAACGUCACAUCAUCAUCAUCUACACUGAUCAGUGAUAGAAAAGUGACCACCAAUGAAACAGCUACAAUAAAAAACCUGACACCAGGAGAGACCUAUACAUUCACCGUAUUCACAACAGCUGCUGAUAAUGUCACUAAAUCUGACCCCGUGUCACUGACUACCACCACAUGGCCUUUAGAGAUCCCAGACAGUGUGCAGAUUGUCCGGUCAUCCUCAGGGGAUGCUAUGAACAUCACCUUUCAAGGUUUUGACACUACAAAUGGACCCAUAAUGGCUUAUGCCGUCAUCAUGACAACAGAUUUAAGUGGCAACAAACUAACUAAGGGAUCUUUAUCAAAGACAUAUAAUGAUUUCAAGAAUGGGUUGACCAGCACUUAUGUGACCUCUGUCAUUGAGCCGCAGAAUAUCCAAUCGAAUAAGAUAAGUGCCCACAUGGGAGAUGGGACUGUUUCAAGGGGAUAUGUCAAUGGACCAUUGGACCCCACAUUACACUACAGGGUCUACAUUGUUGGCUUUACCACUAUCAACUUUGAUCCAGCCACAGACACUAUCAAUGAAGAUCAGUCAACAGCAACUGUUGCCAACUUCUCUGGCUCUUCUUCAACAACCUCUACUUUUAAAACAGAUCACGCAGAGAUACCAGGCAGUGUGCAGAUUGUUCGCUCAUCCUCGAGGGAUGCUAUGAACAUCACCUUCCAAAGUUUUGAGACUCCAAAUGGACCCAUAGAGGCUUAUGCCAUCAUCAUGACAACCGAUUUACAUGACCACAAACCAGCCAAGGAGUCUUUAUCAAAGACUUACAAUGAUUUCAAGAAUGGGUUGACCAGGACCUAUGUGACCUCUGUCAUUGAACAACAGAAUAUCCAGAACUCCGACCAAUCGAAUAAAAUAAGUGUCCAUGUCGGAGAUGGCACUGUUUCAAGGGGAUAUGUCAAUGGACCAUUGGACCCCGCAUUAAACUACAGGGUCUACAUAGCAGGCUUUACCGCUAUAAACUUUGAUCCAGACACAAACACUAUUAAUGAAAAUCAGUCAACAGCAACUGUUGCCAGCUUCUCUGGUUCUGCCUCAACAUCUUCUACUUUUAGAACAGACCAUGCAGAGAUACCAGGCAGUGUGCAGAUUGUUCGCUCAUCCUCGAGGGAUGCUAUGAACAUCACCUUCCAAAGUUUUGAGACUCCAUCUGGACCCAUAGAGGCUUAUGCCAUCAUCAUGACAACCGAUUUACAUGUUGACAAACCAACUAAGGAGUCUUUAUCGAAGACAUAUAAUGAUUUCAGAAAUGGGUUGACCAGGACUUAUGUGACCUCUGUCAUCGAGAAGCAGAAUAUCCAGAACACUGACCAAUUGAAAAAGAUAAGUGUCCAUGUUGGAGAUGGCUCUGUUUCAAGGGGAUAUGUCAAUGGACCAUUGGACCCCACAUUACACUACAGGGUCUACAUAGCAGGCUUUACCGCUAUAAACUAUGAUACAGCAACAGACACUAUCAAUGAAGAUCAGUCAACAGGAUCUGUUACCAGCUUCUAUGGUUCAGCUUCAACAACUACUGCUAUUACUGCUAAAAAAGGUCCUGCAGAGAUACCAGGCGGUGUGCAAGUUGUUCGCUCAUACUCGGGGGAUGCUAUGAACAUCACCUUCCAAAGUGUGGACACUUCAUAUGGACCCACGGUGGCUUAUGCCAUCCUCAUGACAACUGAUUUUAGUGAAAACAACCCAACUAAGGGAUCUUUAGCAAAGACAUAUAAUGAUUUCAAGAAUGGGUUGACCACGACUUAUGUGACCUCUGUCAUUGAGCAGCAGAAUAUCCAGAACGCUGACCAAUUAAAUAAGCUAAGUGUCCAUGUGGGAGAUGGGACUGUUUCAAGAGGAUACGUCAAUGGACCAUUGGACCCCGCAUUACGCUACAGGGUCUACAUAGUUGGCUUUACUGCUUUAAACUAUGAUCCAGCCACAGACACAAUCAAUGAAGAUCAGUCAAAAGCAACUGUUUCCAGCUUCUCUUCAUCUGCUUCAACAACGACUACUUUUGAAACAGGUCAUGCAAAGAAACCAGGCAGUUUGCAGAUUGUUCGCUCAUCCUCGGGGGAUGCUAUGAACGUCACCUUCCAAAGUCUUGACACUUCCUUUGGACCGACAGUGACAUAUGCCAUCGUCAUGACAAGUGAUUUUAGUGACAACAAACCAACUAAAGGAUAUUUAUCUAAGACAUAUAAUGAUUUCAAGAAUGGGUUGACCAAGACUUAUGUGACCUCUGUCAUUGAGCAACGAAAUAUUCAUAAUGCUGAUGAAUUGAAUAAAAUUAAUGUCAAUGUGGGUGAUGGAACAGUUUCGAGGGGAUACGUCAAUGGACCAUUGGACCCCGCCUUAAAUUACAGGGUUUACAUAGUAGGCUUUAGCGCUAUCAACUAUGAUGUGGUCGAAAAAACUAUAAAUGAAGAUAAGUCAACAUCAACUUUUACCAGCUUCUCUGGUUCUACUUCAAAGACUACUACUAUUACUUCUACUACUUCUACUACUUCUACUACUCCUACUACAACAGUACCUGCAGAGAUUCCAGGCGGUGUGCAGAUUGUUCGCUCAUCUACAGGGAAAGCGAUGGACCUCACCUUCCAAAGUGUUCAUACCUCAUAUAGACCCAUAGUGGCUUAUGCCAUCAUCAUGACAACUGAUUUGAAUGGUAACAAACCAACUAAAGGAUCUUUAGCAAAGACAUAUAAUGAUUUCAGGAAAGGGUUGACCACGACUUAUGUGACCUCUGUCAUUGAGCAGCAGAAAAUCAGGAAAGCCACACAAUUAAAUAGGAUAAGUGUCCACGUGGGAGAUGGCUCUGCUUCAAGGGGAUAUGUGAAUGGACGAUUGGACCCUGCAUUACACUACAGGGUCUACAUAGUGGGCUUUACUGCUAUCAAAUAUGAUCCAGCCACAAACACUAUCAAUGAAGAUCGGUCAGCAGCAACUGUUACCAGCUUCUCUGAUUCUGCUUCAAUAACUACUACUACUAAUAUAGUUCUUCUAGAGGAACCAGUCAAUGUGCAGGCUGUUCGCUCAUACUCGGGGGAUGCUAUGAACAUCACCUUCCAAAGUUUUGAAACUUCAUAUGGAUCCACAGUGGCUUAUGCCAUCAUUAUGACAACUGAUUCUAAUGAUGAGAAACCAACUAAAGAAUCAUUACCAAAAACAUAUAAUGAUUUUAUAAAUGGGUUGACCACGACUUACGUCACCUCUGUCGUUGAGCAGCAGGAGACACAGAAAACUAGUCAUGAAAAUGAGAUUAGUGUCAAUGUGGGAGAUGGCACUGUAUCAAGAGGAUACAUCAAUGGACCAUUGGAUCCUGACUUACAAUACAGGGUCAGCAUAGCAGGCUUUUCUACUAUAAACUAUGAUCAAGCCACAGGCACUAUCAAUGGAGAUCAGUCAACAGCAGCCGUUACCAGCUUUUCUGAUUCUGAUCUUGCAGAUCUCAUAGAGGAACCAAGUAUUGUGCAGGAUGUUCGCUCCUCCCUAAAUGAAGCUAUGGAUACGGACAACAUUUUUGACACCAGUUACCAUAGUGCCCCUGUCAGAGAACCCGCCGAUAACAGCGGCAUUAUCGGAGGAGUGGUUGGCGGUAUUUUUGGAGCUGUAGCCCUUGCUGGUUUGGGAUUUUUGAUUUGGAGAAAAAGAAGGCAACGUGUUGGUUAUCAAAAAAAUGUAUUGAUUAGUCCAAUUACUGGUGAUGUCACAAACCUGUAUGAGGAGCCCGAGAUGCUGAGUGCAGUCUCUUGCACAACUGCUGCCCAAGCACUUAUGGAAGUUGAGAAAGGCUCUGCAAGGACGAUGGAACGGCACAAGGGCCAGGGAACUAAAACUGAAGAAUGGAACUUGGGGGUGCUGGUAUCGGACAAGCAGAAGUACAGCAGGCAAAAUGCUGGUUACGCAAAACCUGUUUCGAUUAGGCAAAAUUCAGGUGAUGUCACAUAUCUGUAUGAGGAGACUGAGUUGACGAAGGAAGCCACUCGCACAAGUACCUUCAAAGCUUCCCACGAAGUUGAGAAAGAGUCUGCAAGGAUGAGGGAAGAGCACAAGUAUGAAGGAGCUGAAACUGAAGACUGGAACAUGGAAGCGCUCAUAUCAGAAAAUAUGAAAUACAGCGGGCAACAUACUAGUGAUGUUGAAUACUCGUAUAAGGAGUCCAAGAUGGCAAAGGCAUCUUCUUGCACAAUUCCUGUCCAAGCACCCCUGGCAGUUGCAAAGGCAAAUGAAGGGCACAAGAGCCAGGAAGCUGAAACUGAUGAAUGGACUGUGCGAGAGCUGGUAUCAGAGAAGCAGAAGAACAGAAGACAAACACCUGGUUAUGAAAAAAAUAUGUUGAUUAGGAAAAGUACUGGUGAUGUCAGGUACCUGUUUGAGGAACCCAAGGUAAUGAAGGCAGUCUCUUGCAUAAUUCCUCUUCAAGCAGACCUAGAAGUUAAGACAGAGUCUGCAUGGGUGACAGCAGGGCACAAGGGCCAGGUAACCGAAACUGAAGACUGGAACAUGGAAGUGCUAUUAUCAGAGAAGCAGAUAUAUAGCAGGAAACAAUCUGUGAAGAUUGAAAACUUCCACGCAGCAUAUCAAAGGCUGAGAACAAGUGACUACAGAGGCCUGAUUCUUCAGUUUGAUAGUCUAAAGUCUAUUGAAGUUUUGCAGUCCAGAUCUAUAACCAUGAACCUUGCCAAAACACAGAAGGAGCAACUGGAUGCCGAAACCCAGAAGACAAGGAUCGGGGGCCACUCUGUGCAAAACGAGCUGCACAGUAGAGAUGGAACGUCUCAUGCCAGGACGUCAGCUCUUGAAGGUUCCAUUUAUGGAUAUAUCAGCGCUAGCUAUAUUUCUGGUUAUAGAUUUUCACGGGAGUUCAUUGCAGCACAGAACCCUCAGUCUGAUACAGUGGGAUAUUUCUGGUACUUGAUAUGGGAGAAACACAUAAAUACCAUAGUGAUGCUGUCCAGUUGUCAAGAAAAUGGCAAGGAAUGCAGUGAGCAAUAUUGGCCCUCCAGAGAAGCUAAGGUAUUUGGUGACAUCAUGGUGACUUUUGUAUCAGAAGACAUUCACCGUAACGGGACUGUACGAAACCUGUUGGUGACAAAUCUUAAGAGCAGUGAAAGUCGUCAGGUGCGCCAAUUCCAAUACACUUUGUGGACCACCAGUUGGGACUUCAUUGACAGAGACAUCCUCAUGAAGUUUGUCAGUUCAGUUCAGCAGUACAGAAAAAAGAAUUCUCCUAAUUACCCCACCUUGGUGCACUGCAGCUCUGGAGCCUGCAGGUCGGGAAUCUUCAUUGCUCUGGAUUGGAUUAUAUCCCAGCUGAGAGAGGAGAGUUCUGUGGAUGUGUAUGGAAUAUCUCAUUGUCUGAACCAGCAACGGCCUUUAAUGGUGCACACAGCGGCUCAUUACAUGUUCUUGUACCAGUGCACUCUGGAGCUGAUCAUACGUCAAACAGAAGAUAUAAGUGGUUUCUAUGAAUACUACGAGCAAGUAAAAGAAGAGUCCGUGUAAAAGAAAGUACACAACAUUCAUCGCUCCCUACAGGCAAAAAACAAAGUGUCUAUGAGCAGAAUUCUGAAUGACUGAAUAGGGACUUAGUGAGACAUGUAUCCUGAUGUGCUCUUUUUUUCAGACUUUUUAUAUAAUAUAUUACCUCUAGGUGUAAGUAAAUCUAUUGUAACCGGUUUGGGCAUACGAGAAGUAAAUAAAACCAUUGAAAUACAAUAAAAACCUUUAAAAUAACUGUCUGUAAAUCGAUCAAUUUCAAUGACAUAAAAUACCUUUUUGAAGUCUUA